GUGCCCUCGUAAGGAGCCUGGGAAACCCUUCAGUAGUGCUGUUAACACUGAUGAGAGAUCUUUUAUGCCAAGGUUGCUGGUACCUGAGCAGCCCACACCAUGCGUGAGUACAAGCUGGUGGUCCUUGGCUCAGGAGGUGUGGGCAAGUCUGCCUUGACUGUACAGUUCGUUCAGGGAAUUUUUGUUGAAAAAUAUGACCCAACAAUAGAAGACUCAUACAGAAAGCAAGUGGAAGUAGACUGUCAACAGUGUAUGCUUGAAAUCCUGGAUACAGCAGGGACAGAGCAAUUUACAGCAAUGAGGGAUCUCUAUAUGAAGAACGGCCAGGGGUUUGCACUAGUAUAUUCAAUAACAGCACAGUCCACGUUUAACGACCUACAGGACCUGCGGGAACAGAUCUUACGGGUGAAGGACACUGAAGAUGUUCCAAUGAUUCUGGUUGGCAAUAAAUGUGACCUGGAGGAAGAACGCGUAGUCGGCAAAGAACAGGGUCAAAACUUAGCAAGACAGUGGUGUAACUGUGCCUUUCUAGAAUCGUCUGCAAAGUCUAAAAUCAAUGUUAAUGAGAUCUUUUAUGACCUGGUCAGACAGAUAAAUAGAAAAACACCAGUGGAAAAGAAGAAGCCUAAAAAGAAAUCAUGCCUGCUGCUUUAGACUCCCAUGGUGCAGCAGCUCUGAGCCAGAUUGCAGGAAUGAAGAACUGUUGCCUAAAUGGAAAGUGCCAGCGUUCCCAACGUCACCACCUUACAGAAAUUAGUGACAUAUCUGAAGGAGCUUCUCCUGUUUUUGUAUACGACGAGAAGAAUUUAGAUCUUAAAAUGGUUUGCACACAAUCCCUGGAAAAAGAAAUUGCUCUCUGUAUAUCUCUUGGAAAUUGAAGACAGUAGCAUUUCUCCUUUGCAAUAGCAGUUAACAGAUGUGAAAAAUAAAUAUAAUUGACUGUAGCGUAUGAUUAUACAAAGGAGCAUGGAUGCAUUUCAAAUGUUAGACAUUGCUACUAUAAUUAAAAUUUCAUAUUGACCCUUAUAUCAUAAUUUCUCCCCAUCAAGCACUAAAAAUGUUCCACCAUUAUAUUUUAUAUCUGUAACUAUAGAUAUAUAUUAUCUGAGAUUUCCCUUUGAACUCACUGCAGCAAAUAACUUUUUGAGUCAUUGACUUCAUUUUAUAUUUAAAAGUUACAGAAUAUCAUUAUUUUCAUUCUGCCAUUAUAUUCUAAUUAAAAAUGUUUGUGCAUAAUGCUUUGGAAAAAUGGGUCUUUUAUAGGAAAAAAAACAAAACUGGGAUAACUGAUUUCUAUGGCUUUAAAAGCAAAUAUAUAUAAUAUACUAAACCAACUCUAAUAUUGCUUCUUGUGUUUUACUGUCACAGAUUAAAUUACAGCUUUUAUGAAUGAUUAAAUUUUAGUACAUUUUC